UUGCCAUAGACAAGAAUAUAGAUUUUCCUUGGACAUGGCCGCUGUAUCGGCAAUAAAACACCUGCAAUGUUUUGUAUAUUCUUAUUCAUUUUUUAUAAUGAAUAAGGAGUUUUUUACUUAUAAGUAGUGAUUAGUGGUUCGUGUAUAGUGCUGUGAUAUUUGUAAUGGAUGCAGAGAGCGAGAGCGAAAAAAAGAGAAUCCGUGAUGCAAUUCAGAUGAUAGAGACGAUUCAGUCGAUGAUCGACGUUUCGGCGGACAGGCUCGAGGGCUUGAGAACACAAUGCUCAACCAGCGCGGAGCUGACGCAGCAGGAGAUCCGGACCCUGGAGGGUAAACUAGUGAAGCAUUUCUCGAGACAGCUGGUCAUAAAGGCUCAAUUUGUGGAAGAGAUACAGAGAGAACUAGGUCACGUUCCCAGUUUAAGGCAAUGGCUACGAGUUGUGGGGCUCAGUGUAGAUGCUAUAGAGGCGGUUUUGUCUCGAGUGUCAUCGCUGGAGACCCUGCGCGAACGUACCGAACACGAGCUACGGGCGAUGCUAUGCGGAGCCCGAGACGAGGAGGUACGACGUCUGUGCCGUGCCAUGCAGCGGUUGAGGAGCUAUACGGAGGCCUUAGCCCGAGGUGAUGGAGCAACAGAACUUCCGCUGUACUGGGACUCUUGGGAGAGACACGGACGGGGCUCACCUCGUGCAAGGGAUGAUAGGAAUUCUAAUAAUAAAAAAGGUGGCAAAUCACCCACAACACCACUAAACAAGCGGAAACAUAACGUCCACCUACCAGCUCCCGCUACUCUAACUAAAUCAAGGUCGCACGAGUCACAGCUUUCCGUUAAGCCGGACACGUCAGACCUUAGUGAUAACAGCCAGUCGUCAGCGGUAGGUGGUGAGGGCAGUCCGCCAGCCUCUCCUCGAGAACCCGAACCUGACCCACCACACCGAUACUAUACCAAUGUGAGUAAACGUACAUUACACUUUACACCUAUCUUGUUAAUGUAUAUUCCCCCUCAGGCUGUAUCAUGUUCACCUCGUACACCAACGGUGAGUGGUUGUAUGGCACACGACAUUGCUCACCGCUUCACGAAGACCUUCAACAUGAUCGCCACGUGCGACUACUGUGACAAGCAGAUGCUCUUCGGCUCCGGCCUCAAGUGCAAGGAGUGCAAGUUUAAGUGCCACCGAGACUGUGAAAGUAAAGUUCCUCCGUCGUGCGGCUUGCCGCCAGAAUUCGUCACGGCGUUUAAAGAAAAAUUUCACAAAGAUGGUAACGUCUGUGUGUUUUUGAUUACUUUGAAAAAUUUAUAUAAAGUACUUUGCGGCCUGUACCUGCCCGCGCGCCCCGCGCCGCGCGCCCGCGCGCCCGCCCGCCGCGCGCCCGCCCACCAGUCGGGGCCGGACUCGUCGUCCAACACGUCGUCGUGCAACAGCUCGACGCCGUCGUCCCCCGCGCUGGCGCCGGCCGCGCCCGCCACGCCGCAGCCGCACCACCACCACAACGCGCACCACCUCGUCAAGCAGCAGUUCCACUUCCCAGAUGUAAAGCCGCCAGUGUCCAGUCCCAACCACUCAUCGCAUGUGCAGUCCCCGGCGCGGUCAGUGAUCGACAGCAAAGACGAACUUACUUCGAGUAUAAAAAGCGAGGGCUCGGGGCGCGUGUCGCUGAGCGGCUCCGCCUCCACCGACAGCGGCCGCCACGAGCCCGCGCACGACUCGCGCUGGCCGCGCCAGAACAGCCUGACGAUGAAGGAAUGGGACAUACCGUACGACGAGUUGAAACUAUUCGAAGUGAUCGGCACGGGCCGCUUCGGGACCGUGUACCGCGGCAGCUGGCACGGCGCCGUCGCUGUCAAACUACUGCACGUGAACGCGCUCAGCGACCACUCCGUACCUCUCGACACCUUCAAGCACGAGGUGGCGACGUUUCGUAAGACUCGUCACGAGAACCUGGUGCUGUUCAUGGGCGCUUGUAUGAAGCCGCCGAGGCUGGCCAUCGUCACAUCGCUCUGCAAGGGUAUGACGCUCUACACCCACAUCCACCUGCGUAAGGACAAGUUCACUGCAAACAAGAGUGUCAUCGUCGCCCAGCAGAUUUCACAGGGUAUGGGGUAUCUUCACGCUAGAGGGAUAAUUCACAAGGACCUGAAGACGAAAAAUAUAUUUCUUGAGAAUGGGAAAGUGGUCAUCACUGACUUUGGACUCUUCAGUGUCACCAAAUUGUGCUUUGGCAACAACGCACGCGGAGACAGCCUGGGCAUCCCGCCGGGCUGGCUGUGCUACCUGGCGCCCGAGCUGGUGCGCGCGCUGCGGCCGCACGCCUCGCUGCACCUGCCCUUCUCCAAGUGCACCGACGUCUACGCCUUCGGGACGGUGUGGUAUGAACUACUGUGUGGGGAAUACCCUUUUAAGGGACAACCACCGGAAGCUAUCAUCUGGCAAGUUGGCAAGGGCGUCAAGCAAUCACUGGCUAACAUGCAGGCGUCCAGAGACAUUAAGGACAUCCUAAUGUUAUGCUGGUCAUACCGGUCGUGCGAGCGGCCGGACUUCCCCCACCUGCUGUCAACGCUAGAGAAGCUGCCCCGCAAGCGACUAGCGCGCUCCCCCUCCCAUCCCGUACAUCUGUCCCGUUCAGCGGACUCGGUGUUCUGAGAGCGGCUAGCAGGCGCGCUUUGUGUGCAGCCGUAGGCUGAUUUAAGUAACGCUGACUGGAAAUCACGAGUCGGCGCUGAGGAUAAGACGUAUUGUAUGUUUAUGUUAUGAAUUGUGCUGAUUGUCGCGGUAUA